AUGAUCAACCGGUGCCUCUGCUGCGUCGCCCCCGGCGGCGACUCCGAGCCGGAGGCUGCCCCCAGCCGCCGCCGGAGCAGGGAUCCGUCGAGGAGGGGGUCCAAGAACAAGAACAGGAGCGUGGAGUUCCCCUGGGAGAUGUACACCCUCAAGGAGCUCCUCCAGGCGACCAACAACUUCAACGAGAGCAACAAGCUCGGCGAGGGCGGCUUCGGCACCGUUUACUGGGGUCGCACCUCCAAGGGCGUCGAGAUUGCGGUGAAGCGGCUGAAGGCGAUGACGGCCAAGGCGGAGAUGGAGUUCGCCAUCGAGGUGGAGAUCCUGGGCCGUGUCCGGCACAAGAACCUGCUCAGCCUCCGCGGCUUCUACGCCGGCGGCGACGAGCGGCUCAUCGUCUACGACUACAUGCCCAACCACAGCCUGCUCACUCAUCUCCACCCGCACCGCGGCACCCCGGCCUCCCAGCAGCAUCCCCCGCUCGACUGGCCCCGCCGCCUCGCCAUCGCGCUCGGCGCCGCCCAGGGCCUCGCGUACCUGCACCACGAGGCCAGCCCGCACAUCAUCCACCGCGACAUCAAGGCCAGCAACGUGCUGCUGGACGCGGACCUCGUGCCCAAGGUGGCCGACUUCGGCUUCGCCAAGCUCAUCCCGGAGGGCGUCUCCCACCUCACCACGCGGGUCAAGGGCACGCUCGGGUACCUGGCGCCGGAGUACGCCAUGUGGGGGAAGGUCUCCGAGAGCUGCGACGUCUACAGCUUCGGCGUGCUGCUACUGGAGCUCGUGAGCGCGCGCCGCCCGCUGGAGAAGCUGCCGGGCGGCGUCAAGCGCGAGAUCGUGCAGUGGGCGGGGCCGCUCGUGGAGCGCCGCAAGUGGGACCGCCUCGCCGAUCCCAGGCUCACCGGGCGGUUCGACGCCGUGCAGCUCCGGGCAGUGGUCGAGACGGCCAUGCUGUGCUCGCAGAGCAACGCGGAGGGCAGGCCGACCAUGGCCGAGGUCGUCGAGAUGCUCAAGUUCGGCGGCGAGCGGCGGAACAGGGAGAUCGUGCCGGUGGCGGACGCCGCCAGCCAGGACACCACCGUGACCAUGGACCGUGAGGACGACGUUACCGGCAGCAGCGAGCCGCUGGACAGGGGCCGCAGCUGGAAGCUGACGACGCUGAGGUGA